AUGAUGUCAUCGGGUCCACCGCCCAAACCUCAGCGUUCAUUCACAGCGCGUACAGCACUACCUCCCGCCGCCCAGAAUAUUACCUCCCCGUCGAUGGUAGGCCCGCAAUAUCAUCAGAAUCGUCCCCUCCCUGACCGACCCUAUUCAGUGGCCGGACACUACCCGUCGCCAGAUAUGGGCCGAAACUACGCGCAGGACUUCUCCGGUUAUCUCUCAUCACCUGAACGGCGAAUGCCUCACGAGAAUCAGACUCACGUGAGGGCCUCCUUCUCGGGAUACCCCUCUUCCAUGCAAUACCCGGAGGACCCGUACGGCAUAUACGGCAUGAGGUCGGGUGCGGAAUACCCUGGAUAUAAACACAAUUUUUAG